CUCCUCCUCGCCCGCACCUCCGCCGAGCGCAUUUCUCCGUGGCCGCGAGAUUCGAUCACCAAUUCGGACGCGCGCGUCCGAGUCCCAACCCAAUCGCGCUCUUCUUCCUCCUCCUCCUCCUCUCCCAGCAUUUGGCCUCGCGAGCCUGGUCGAUCCGCCUUCCACCCAGUGCUCGCGUCCCUUCGCUCCUGGGAGAGGGAGCGCGGCCGGCUCUGCAUUGCGCGGAUCCGCCGGCGCUGUCCUUUGUUUCGGGCCGCGGCUCGCCGAUGAUGGGGGCGGAGAAGCCGGCCCUGGGGUUCGCGGAGGUGGACGAGCUGGAGCUGUCGUCACCGGCGGGCUCGCCGGCGCCGCCGCCCCGGAAGAUGCACUCGCUGGACUUCGAGCACAUCGGCUCGCUCGCCGCGGUGGCCGAGUCGCUCUCGCCCGGGAGCAGGUGGGGGAGGGCGCUCACCAGCGUGCGCGUCGUCAUCUUCCAGGCCAAGAUCAACGUGCUUCUCCCCUUCGGCCCGCUCGCCAUCAUGCUCCACUACCUCAGCGGGAAACACCAAGGAUGGGUUUUCCUUUUCAGCUUAAUUGGUAUAACACCACUGGCCGAGAGACUGGGAUAUGCAACUGAGCAACUUGCUUGCUACACUGGCCCAACAGUUGGGGGGCUCCUUAAUGCUACAUUUGGAAAUGCAACGGAAAUGAUUAUAUCAAUCUACGCACUGAAAAAUGGAAUGAUUCGAGUUGUCCAGCAGUCACUGCUAGGCUCGAUAUUGUCAAAUAUGCUCCUUGUUCUUGGGUGUGCUUUCUUUGCUGGUGGUCUUGUCCAUUCUGACAGGGACCAGGUUUUCAAUAAGGCAUCAGCUGUUGUAAACUCCGGACUACUAUUGAUGGCUGUCUUAGGCCUAAUGUUCCCAGCAGUGCUUCACUUCACACAUUCAGAAGCGCAGUAUGGAAAAUCUGAAGUAGCUCUUUCAAGGUUUAGUAGCUGCAUCAUGCUUGUGGCCUAUGCUAGCUAUCUAUUUUUUCAACUAAAGAGCCACCGCAGUAUGUACAGCCCAAUUGGUGAUGAAGAAGAAGCCAUCGAAGAUGUGGAGGAUGAAAAGGAGAUAACACAAUGUGAGGCCAUCUGCUGGCUUUUUAUAUUGACUAUUUGGAUUUCAGUACUCUCAGGGUACCUGGUAGAUGCCAUUCAGGGCGCGUCUGACUCAUUAAACUUGCCAGUAGCAUUUAUUAGCGUUAUUCUGCUUCCUAUAGUGGGGAAUGCUGCUGAACAUGCGAGUGCCAUUAUGUUUGCCAUGAAAAAUAAAUUGGACAUUACGUUGGGAGUUGCAAUAGGGUCAUCAACUCAGAUCUCCAUGUUUGUGAUCCCAUUCUGCGUGGUAAUUGGCUGGAUGAUGGGGCAAGAAAUGGACUUGAAUUUUCAACUGUUUGAGACAGCAACUCUCUUUAUCACAGUACUGGUGGUGGCAUUUAUGCUACAGGAAGGCACGUCAAAUUAUUUCAAAGGCCUUAUGCUCAUCUUAUGCUACCUCAUUGUUGGUGCAAGCUUCUUCGUCCAUGUUGAUCCUGAUGCAACAGAUGAGAGCUAAGUGAUAAGUCUACUUACAACAUACCUGUGCUGAACGGAGAGGCUACGACUUAAACUGCAGAAUUAGCAAAUAGCAUUGCUUGCAGUAGAGGACCUGCCAGAACCUGAAUUUGGGAGCAACUUGGGGGCAGAAUGCCGCACUAGCACCAAGGGUUUCACCUGGGGCUCAAGAUUGCAAGGAGCUGAUGCAGCUUUUUUAGGAUAGCAACAGCAUCGCCCUUUGAGGAACUGUAACUUUCUGUGAUAGUUGCAAAAAGAUUACCAUCGCAUUUGUUCAAGCUACAUGUGUCACAGUUUUUUUUGUUGUUAAAUGUUACCGUUGUUACCAUUACCAAGAUAUUAAGCCUGUGGGGGUGUUUGGAAGGUGGUUGAUCU